UUCAAUCUAACGACCCGGCUCGGAUUGAGUUAUGGAUCUCCAAAAAACCGAUAACUCCAUCGGUGCUUCGACGUGCGAUUGUACGCAAUCAACAAAGUGAAGAUUUCAAAUUUUGCAUCAAUUGACUCCAAUACCCCUUCAUUUACUCCAUCUCCAUCUACCUCUUCCACAUUUGAGCAACAAUUUCCAGAGGUCGCCGAAAUCGGUGAGAGGCUGUAAGGGAAGAGUUCACGGUAAGCCUGUUUUUCAUAUGUUGGUUCCCGAAUUGAGAUGGUUGAACUACUAUUCGAAUUUCUCACCGCGCCUGCGUGUAUUUGCAGGUUGCAAGUGAGGGUUCGGGCUACAUCGGACGACGAAGAGCCAUGGCCGACCAAGACGUUGUUCAGAAGAUCCAAAUCACAAAAAAGGAAACGGAGGGUGGGGGGAUUAAUUACCGAGGCUAUGAUUGAAGCCAUUCCCGCACAUGUAAAGCAGGUGGAUAGGCUUGUCCGGGUUUCUGAUCGUUCCUGCGUGGACAAUUUGCGUAUGGAUAGAAACACUUUCGGUAGAUUGUGUCGCAUUCUACGGGACCGGGUAGAAUUAUUCGACCAAAAAUUUGUCACCGUUGAGGAACAAGUUGCUAUGUUUUUGUCCAUUUUGUCCCACCACAAAAAGACACGGGUUGUAGGACACGAUUUCAUGCGUUCUUCUGAAACAGUUUCUAAGUACACUCAUGUUGUGCUACGUGGGGUGCUUACUUUGCAUGACAUUUUUUUGGUUAAACCGGAACCGGUUGGGGAUGACUGCACGGACUCACGAUGGAAGUGUUUUAAGGUAUGUGUAAUCUCGCUGUUGGGUGUAUUAUACGGUAUACUAAUGCUAUUCCAACUGUUGACAUUGUAG